UUGUUAUCAAUAAAUUUUCGUUUGAUUUAGUUAUGGUUUUUGUUAUCUAUGUGAUAUUUUUUAAUUGAAUUAAGUAGGAAACAAGGAGAAGAAAAAGGAGAAGAAAAGACACGGAAAAAAAAGAGGAAAGGAUAAGCUUCCAAUGUACUUGCGUUCACCUUUCAUGGUUGAACAUGAAAAACUUUUCAAGAAUGUGGACAAUAGAAAGGUAGCUGAGUAUGCGUUUGCUCAAGGAGAUAAUAAGGAGCUUUUGUAUGCUGAUAACAUGGGGACAACGAUUACGAGAGAUGAGAUUCAUAGUCUCAUAGAAGAUAAGCACAUGUUGAACAAUGUUGUGGAUGCUUAUGUUUGCCUAUUGAAUUUUGAAAAUAAAAGACGUGGUGUAGACAAGAAGAGUAGAUUCUUUUUCAGUACUGAAUGCUAUCUCAUACGUUGUACAGAAAAAUACUUCAAAUCAAAUGAAAGGCAAGAUGAUAGAAUGAAGGCUUUGUUUGAUAGAAUGCAACAAGAAAUGACAACGACCGAAGUAACAAGCUUCAAAAGCAUUCAAUUGGUUUUCUUCCCGGUCGUUUUACCAGAUCACUACUAUUUGCUGUGUGUCAACUUUGUGGAAGGAACAUUUGAUUUGAUUGACAACAGAUUUCUUCCACCAAAUAUUCCUUUUCACAAUAAAUAUGGAAAUUACCAUAGAUUAAUGUUGAAUGCAUUUGCUGAUUUCGUUCACUCAAUUGACUCAAAUAUAAAGAGUGACUUUGUAUCCUCCUUCAAAACAAGAAACUUGAGUAUGUCAUGGAAGAGCAAUAACAACAAACAUGAUUGUGGAGUGUUCCUGUUGAAGCACAUGGAAACAUAUGAAGGAGAAUCUGUAAAACAAUGGAAUUCGGGACUAGAAUUAGACAAUUUUGACCAAAUGAAAAAAUUAAGAGUGGAGUAUUGUGGGAAGAUAAUAACAGCAGAAGUAAAUGAAGAACGGAACAAAGUGAUUAGGAGAUCAAAAAAGUGGUCAAAGGAGAACAAAAUGGAUAUAUGAUUGUUAAGAUCUUAAGUUUAUAUUUGUAGAGAGAUAUUUGCAAAGAAUAUAACAGUAAUUUUUUAUGUUCUAUGUAUUUACCUGUUACAAGAAAUAUAUUGUUGAAUCAUAUUAAAUGCUAAAAUUUUAAUAUAAAAUAUAUCAUAUAAACUUAUAUGCUAAAUUAUAUUCAUGUUCUAAAUUAUAUGGGUAUGUUCUAAAGUAUUUUUGAUUAUGUUUUAAUAAUUAUAUGCUUAUAAAGUUAGGAUAUUAGAAUAUAUUAUUAUAUAUUAAUUUUGACUUAAAACUUAAAGUGUAGAACAUUAGAACAUAAGAAAAUUAAAAAAAAGUAACAAGAAAUGACAACAGCCAAAGUAACAAGAUUCCAAAGCAUUCAAUUGGUAACUUGAUUCUAAUUAUAUCUUAUUAUGUUGUACUUUUUUCUUAUUACAUGUCCAAAUUAUUGAUUUUGCUAAUCUUCUAAUUAUUUUUAUCUAUGUUCUAAAGUAUUUGCUUAUGUUCUAAACUGGCUGCUUCUAAUCCAUUACUUUUGCUUUAUUUUUCCUUUUGAAUACAAUGCAUACACUCUUUAGUGCAUAUCUAAGAAGGCAUAUGUAAAUCAAUGUUAAGAAACUUGAAUAAAUAAAAGUUGAUUAAAGCAAGAUUCAACUAAAUGUUGUUUAAUAAAGGUAUCUAAAAUGCUUGUACUAUCAUUACUCGUAGUUCAAAUUGACUUAAUAAAACAACUUAUAAUUACGAAAAGGGGGGAAGAUGAAAAGACAGGAGAUGUUAUAAAACAUUAUAAUCAACUUUAAUUAACAUAAAAAUUGAUAAGAAAAACACUAGUAGAGAUACUCUGAAUAAUAAUUGGACAAAAAAGAAAUAAAAAUAUAUUGUUUCUAAAAGUAAAUAAAUUGAGUUCUUAUAUUUUAAGAAUUACAUGAAUAAUAUUUUACGUGCUAGUAAAUGAGAUAUUGUUUCUAAAUAUAUAACAUCUCAUGCAACUGGAUUAAUAGUAUAUUCACCAACCUGUAAAGAAAAAAAAAUAAAACAAUAUUAGAACAUAAGCACAUAAUUUAGCAUUAAAAAAUGUUAUAACAUGCCAUUUCUAUUAGUUUAGAACACAUGAUAUUAUAUAGAGUAAAAACUUUAGAACAUUUAAAGAAACCUUUAAAACAUAUAAAGAAAACUUUAGAACAUAUAAAGAAAAUAUUUUGAACAUAAAGAGAAAAGUUAAAAUAUAAAGGAAAACUUUAGAACAAAAUGAAUAACUUUAUAUUCUAAACAUUAGAGCAUAUUAAAUUACACUAAAACAGAAAGAAUAAACAUUAGAACAUAGAGAAAACACUUUAGAACAUAGAAAAGUAACUUUAGAACAAAGAGAAAACACUUUAGAACAUAUUGAAUUACUUUAGAACAUAUA